CCAUAUUAGGAAGCCAAACCCCUCUUUCAUUGGGAUAAGAAAACACAGGUUAUAGUUCCAAGACAAUUUUCGGAAGUGGCGGCUGAUGAGCGCUUGAAACGAAGUCAUUAAACGAUCACAAUCCAUAUCUUGUUCUGGUUUGGAUUUUCUUUUUGAUAACGGGUUAUUUGGCCAUUCUUCUUCAAUGGCGGCGGCUGCAACUCCAACCGGGCAGAGAAGCACGUGCGGCAGCGGCACUCCGCUGAGUCCGUCCAGGAUAACCAGACUGCAGGAGAAACAACAGCUCAGGGAGCUCAACGACCGCCUGGCCGCUUACAUUGACAAAGUCCGCAGUUUGGAGUCUGAAAACGACGUUCUGCACUUGCAGAUUAGCGAGAGGGAAGAAGUGCGGAGUCGGGAGGUGUCCGGACUGAAAGCCUUGUAUGAGACUGAGCUAGCCGACGCCAGACGGUGUUUGGAUGAGUCCUCCAAGGAGCGGGCCUGGCUGCAGAUUGAACUGGGAAAGCUCAAAUCCGAGCAUGAGCAACUUUUACAGAACUGCAACAAGAGGGACUCUGAGGCAGCAGGAGCCCAGGCGAAGCUGCUGGAUUUGGAGGCUCAGAUGAACUCCAAAGAGGCCAUGCUGGCUACAGCGCUGUCUGAGAACAGAGGCCUGGAGGCCAAACUGGCUGACCUGCGAGAACAGCUGCAGGAGCUGGAUACAGGUCUUGCUCAGGCCAAGAAGCACCUUGCAGAUGAGAUGCUCCUGCGCAUCGACUUAGAAAACCGCUGCCAGAGUCUGACAGAGGAAAUGAUCUUCCGUAAGAGCAUGCAAGAGGAGGAAGUGAAGGAGGCCCGGCAGCGGUAUGAGACCCGACUGGUGGAGGUGGACUCUGGACGGAAGGAGGAGUACGAAUACAAACUGAGUCAGGCCCUGGCUGACAUGAGGGCUCAGAAUGAGGAGCAGAUCAAGAUCUACAAGGACAACAUGGAGAGCACCUACACAGCCAAACUGGAGGACCUGCGUAGGUUGUCUGAGAUGAACGGAGCAUCUGCCAACAUGGCCCGAGAGGAGCUCAGAGAGUCCACCACGAGAAUCGAGAGCCUCACCGCCCAGCUGGCAGGAAUGCAGAAGGAGACUCGUGGUUGGCGUGACCGUAUAGUGGAGCUGGAGGAGGAGUUGGCUCAGGAGAAAGCAAGAAGCCGCAAGCUGCUGGCAGACAAAGAUUGCGAGGUGGCUGAGAUCCAGGCCAAGAUGCAGGAACAGCUGAAUGAGUACGAGCAGCUGCUGGAUGUUAAACUGGCACUGGACAUGGAGAUCAACGCCUACCGCAAACUUCUGGAGGGAGAAGAAGAGAGACUGAAACUGUCUCCGAGUCCUUCAAGUCGUGUCACGUUGUCUCGGGCCUCGUCCAGCAGCCGCAGUGUGCGGACCACUCAGGGAAAGAGGAAACGUGUUGAUGUGGAGGAACAGGAAGCCAGCAGCUCGGUGUCCAUUGCUCACUCUGCCUCUGCCACAGGACCUAUCUGCAUCGAUGAGAUCGACACAGAUGGCAAGUUCAUCUGCCUCCUCAACAAUGGGGAUGAGGACCAAGCAAUGGUCGGUUAUGAGAUGGUUAAGACAAUUGGAAAUGCAACAGCCACCUACAAGUUCACACCCAAAUAUGUCCUAAAGGUUGGCCAGAAAGUCACGAUUUGGGCAUCUGAUGCUGGUGUCAGCUCUAAACCUCCCACAGAUCUAGUAUGGAAGAACCAGUUGUCCUGGGGUUCAGGAGAGAACGUCCAUGUGGUGCUGAUCAACCCACAGGGAGAGGAGGUGGCAAAGAGAACCACAACAUACAAGACAGCAGUAGAUGAGCUUUGUGAGGAAAAUGAUGAUGAUGGAAUGGAGGCCACUGAGGAGGACCUCUUCCAACAGCAGGGGGACCCUCGCACUGCAAAGAGAGGCUGCUCCAUCAUGUGAUCCCACCACACCAACCAGCCUCCUCCUCCUCCUCCUCUGAGCCCAGCCAGUCUGCUGCCAACUGUAAUACUAGAACUAAUUUUCUAUCUUUUGUAGUGUAUAUCCAUAUAAAUGGUUUUAUUUUUCAUAAAAAUGCUUUUGGUCGAUGUAUUUUCAACUGGAGAAGCAAAAUAACACGUUUGUUGAACAAAAUUAGUAUUAUAGUUCAAAACCCUUUUUCUUCUUUUAAAAACCAUGCAACAAGUGACCGACUGUGUCUUUGAAGAAAAUAAGUCAUUGGCUAUGUCAUUUUUGAAAUAGAUUUUCAUUUAGUUAUUAUUUAUUUAUAUAGCUAUAUUUUAGGCUACAACAGGAGCGACAGGGUGUCUGUGAUUAGAUUAGAUCAGGGGCUGUUUUAAAACAGUUUUUUAAUUUGCUCAAAACCUACUGUAUUUUUGUUUUUUUUAAAUGGAUAAAAUAAACACUGAAAGGACAGGUACACUAAAGCUCAGCAGUUACCAGGAGUCCAUGUAAUAAAUUUCCUUCCAUCAGUGUAGACCUUUUAGUGGAUAAAAUUUUAGAAUGACACAGUGUGAAAACCUCUGGUUAUUGGCAGUCAUCUAGUAUCUUAAGGAAAACCAUUAAAUAUGGUGAUUAUUUGAUUGUAUUUAGAGGGAAGUCAGAGGACAGUUGAAGGUAAUUGGUAGUUGUUGAGUUACCUUGAAGCCACUACAUGUAAGAUUUGAAACUGUCUUUGGCAACUUCUUGUGGUAGUAUGGAAAAAAGAUGUGAGCUAGGGACAUGACAGUUAAUGAACUGAAAGCAAUAGCCUGCAACACUUGUCCCCAGAACGUCUCAUUUUUUGACAAAUAAAAAGUAGUGCCAUCAAAGUAAUUUUAUAGACGUUCUGAUCACAGUGUACUCACAGCGGAUGUGAUGUCACUCAGCAAACAUUAGUUUCCUGACUUUGACUCAGCGUUGCUCCCCAAAUUAAGAAGUGUUGAUUGUAUCCUUAAAUUUUGAUAUUUGAAGUGUUUGAAGUACUUUUUGUGUUGGUCUGUUACUAUGCAUGCUAUGGCUGUAAUCAUCAUAGUUGAAUGAUUAAAUACGUUUUCUGGUA